AUGCCUCUAGCGUAUCCUGUCUAUCCAAUGAAAUCAAUUAUUAUCGCACAGAGCAUUUAUUCUCUGGUGACAGCGGCUCUCUUUACGAUCUAUUGGCGUUUAUGGGUUUACAAUCACGAUGUCUUCAAAGUGCUUUCCGAUAUGCAAUUCGGUGAAAAGGGUUACACACUCGGUGUCAGAUUUCAAGUUGAGGAGAAUAUUCGAGCGAUGAAGCUUCUCCGGUGUUUUGUCAUUUUCAACACCGUUUUCAUCUUUAUCAAUUGCUUCUUCGGGAUCAUGGCUUUAGAAGUUUUUGAUACGGAAACACCGGGCGGUCAACUCAUUUUACAAACUUUUGAUUUAUUAAUCGCUGUAUACACUUUAUCGAUGCUUGUAAUAUGUUUGUAUUACGUUGAUGAAUGGGGUGAACAAUUUUUGGUUUCAUUUUUCUCAAUGAUCGGUCGAAAUAUGCAGGGAAACGCGAAAAAUGCAGUGAAACCGCUGAACUCCGUCCAGGAAACCGAUUUCUAUUUCAAUUAUUAUCGGCAAAGUUGG